UAGCCCUAGCUGGCAGCAAAUACCAUCCCUAGUCCGGCUAUCGUUGUUCGUUUGUAUUUUGUUCUGAAAUCUCCCGCUCGAAUUCAAUUUGAUAAAACGAAAUAUGUUUGAGCUCGAAACGGAAGAUAUGUUGCCGCGCGCUGCACCAAGGCCAUGUGCUGGGAUGCCAACGGGCAUGGAUAUGGCAGCCAAUGAGCAAACUGUCAAGCCCAUAGUACCGGAAGUUUCCUUGAUAUUUGGUCCGAACGCACCUUCAGGAGUUCCACCCACAUCCAUGCAAUCACAAACUAACGCAGAUCCCAAAACGCAACCGGCUCCACCUCCCCCGAGUUUUGCAUCUUGGAAGAAGCAAAUGCUGCCUCGUGUUAACUUUUCGCCAGUCCUGUCGACAGAGUUGGGACCCCGUCCUAGCCAUACACAUAACCACAAUACUAAUCUGACCAGCAGCUCCCCUGGUUCCACAGUGAGCAAUGAAUACAUUAUUAUACCUAGAGAGCGCAUCUAUACAACAACAACAGCCUCAGCAGUAACAACUCCUCCUGCGUCGGCCAAUAACCCGAUUUGCUAUAUGGAAAAACGAAGGGAUAUAGAUUACUUACCAUCUCCGCGAUCGGUUAGCGAUGUCCUCACUAUUUGUGCAACCACACAAACGGAUAAUGUAAAUAGAUCCCCACCAGCCAAUUCACCAUUAACCCCAGGUAGAGGUGCGUGCUCACUGGAUAUAAGUAAUUUGGUCCAAAAGCAGGAUUUGGCUGCCCUUGUGUCUUUGUUAGAGGCGAUGCGUGAGGACCAGCGUCAAUUGAAACAAUUGUGCGAAUCUAUGGCCAAACAGCAACAAGCACGAACUGCUCCUUCUACCAGGACAUCAACAGGCUGCCAGUGUGAAAUCAUAACAAUUAAUCAAAAUAAUAAUGUCAAGCGCCACACACCAAUUAUUCAGGACUACAUAAUAGAGGAAGAAGAGCCACCACCGCCUCCUUGCAAUCCCAAAGUCGUUCGUACUCAACCUAAUCAAUACCAAUCGCCACGGCCCAUGGCCCAAUCAACUGGUUAUCGGGCCAAUACUCCAAAUGGCAAAAUAAUGCCUAUGCCCAUGCACAUGACAAAACCCAACACCGAGAAGAGUCUGGUCAUGAAUGAAUUGGCUCUCAAGUAUUUGCGUCAACCUGUCGAUGAAUUGAUGAGGGAACUGCAUGUAUCAGGGGAUUUGCCGGCAACAUCCUCCAAUGCACCACGCAGUCCCAUGGCCGAGCCUCUGCGUCAAAUUGAUAAUAUAACCGCAGCACAAAGUCCGAAUAAUAUGUCGAAUGCAUCUUAUAAAUAUCUCAAGAAAUAUCGCUUAUUGCCCGAAGAUGAAAUGAGCCCGGGGUCACCGCAGCAACAAGCAGAGCCCAUGCUGGAUCUGGAGAAUAUACGCAAUCAACCCAAGUUAUUGUAGAAUUUUAAAUUUGUAAAAGUUAUGUCCCAGUUUGAAUUAGAUUUAAGUUUAAAAAACUAUAAUUAAGAAACAUUUUUUUAAAAUAAUUACUUUUUUUGAUUAUAUUGUGUAUUGCAUAUUGUAGUUCUUAUUGUUUAUUGUUUUUCUUCUUCAAUUGAAAUAUAAUUGCUAUGUAUUGUUCAGUA